GUUCAGUCGUUUUCUUUGAUCCACAAAAAGCAUCAUGGCGACGAAAGCCGCUGCUCCCACGGCACUUGUCGCCGUCAGUCUCGAUGACGAGGCCCUGAAGCAACGGCUCAUCCUCGAUGAGAAGCGAUUCAAUGACCUGCUGCGCGAUGUCCGGAAGUGGAUGGCGCCCAGCGAGCCCGCCGCCAGCAGCACGCCAGUCCCGAUGGCUGAGGAGGAUGAGGCAUCGGCCGCUGCCACUGCGAGCGUCGCUCCACUGCCGUCACAAGACGAGCUGAUUGAAGCCAACCUGGUGUUGAAAGAGUCACUGUUGGCCGGCAUUGCCACCAUCCAGUCUACAAUUGCCAAGAGCUCGCUCGUGGUGCAGAUGAACACCUUGCAAAUGGCUCAACUAGACGCUACCGAAGCCCGCAUCCAAUCUGAGGUCGAAGCAACUCGUCGUGAAAUUUCAGAGCUCAAGCAGACCCUAGAGCUGGAAAAGCAGCUGCGCGCCAACCGUCAAGUGUACAACAAGAAGGCCAGCGAGGUGUUGAAAUGGGAAAGUCGGACAGAGGCACAAAACCGCAUUCGCCGAAUUGAAGAGGAAAUCCAAGCAAGCCAGGCAGAGCGCGAAAAGGUCGAGGCACGCAUCCAGCUUCGACAGCGACAAUUCUCGCUCUUGCUACAUGCAGCGCAUCAACUGCAACUUGUCCUUUACGACCAGGAUUCCUCUCCGGAACAAGAUUUGCUCGACCGCAUGCGCCAGUUGCAACAGGCCGAGGACGAAGAGAACGCUGCUGCCGCCGCCGCUGCUGAGGAGGCAGCCGCUGCCGCAGCAGCACUCGCCAAUGGCGGCGAUGAACCCGCGUCGAGUACUGGCAGCGGUGGCAUCCGCCGCGUGCGCGAGGAGGAUCUUGACGAGGACUCUGCCCGCCACGCCUUCAAGCGCCCGCGCGAGGCCACCGACACGGACGCCGCGGGCAACUUUGAUCAAGUGGAGGAGGACGCUGAAACCAGUGCCAAUGCAGAUAUAGCUGAUGAGGUUGUACCGAACGAGUGAAGUUUGGGUUGACGUGUUUGGACGUUGAUCAAAGGCCAGUUUCCCCUCUGCCGGUCGUUGCAACUCCUCACCAUUGUACACUUAGUAAACAGUUGUUUCUUUUUCCAAA